AUGAACCCAGUGCCCUCUGGGAGGCAUUACGUCGUCGACCACGGCCGGGUUGUCCGCAGACUGACGGAGGUCAGGGACCCCCGCGACCAUCUGCCCGCUGGGCACAGCCGCAGCCUGAUUCUUCCUCGCCGGCACGAGAGGGUACUCGUAAAGGCGCUGGAUCUGGUUAAAGAGGGGUACUCGGCGGCGGCGCUGCUCGCCAUCCUGCUGGCCAUCCCGUUCGGCCUGCGCUUGCUGGUGCACCCGGAGACGGGCCGCUGGAGCAACGUGCUGCAGGGCUUCUACCACGCCCACCUCGAGCUCUUCCUGGGCAACGCCUGCUUGGGCGUGGGCGUGAUGAUGCUGCUGGCGCUGACGGUGGAGCGGUACGUGUCGGUGUGCCGGCCCGGAACCACGCGGCCGCUCAUCGGUCCACCCGGACUAACAGUGGCGCUCAUCCCGCUGCUGACCUUCCUCGCCUACCUGCCCACCGCGUUCCGCACCGAGCUGCGAGGCUGCGCGCCGCGCCCCGGCCGGCGCCUCUACUACAGCCGCCCCAACCUGGCCUUGCAGCUGUCCGCCUUCUACUCCGUCUACAAGGUGCUGCUGGAGCUCGUCUUCAAGGUGGCGCCCACGCUGCUGCUCGCCGGCCUCAACACGCGCAUCAUGCUGGUGUACCGGCGCUCGUGCGACCGCCGCCGCAAGAUGACGCUGUGCCGCUCGGCGUCGUCCUCCGACCCGGAGGACCACCGCAAGUUCGCCGAGGAGCGGCGGCUCAUCCUGCUGCUGGGCAGCACGUCCAUCCUCUUCCUCGUGUGCGUGUCGCCCAUGGUCAUCCUCAACGUGACGCUGUCCGAGCAGAACCUCACGCAGUACUCCUACCAGGUAUUCCGAGCCGUGGCAAACCUACUCGAGGUCACCAACUACUCCAUCACGUUCUACAUCUACUGCUUCUUCUCGGAGGACUUCAGAAACACGCUGUUCAGGACGUUCCGGUGGCCGUGGUGGCAGAGGAAGAAGAAGCAGCCGUUCCCCGGCGCGAAGCCGGGAGGAACCAAACAGUUCUCGCCGGGCAAGCCCAGCUCCCCGCCCACGACCACCACCACGACCAUCACCAACAACAAGAGCAACGGCAACAACAACAACAACGACAGCAGCAGCAGCAGCAUGCACAGCCGAACCAUCUGCGCCUGCCUGCCCGGCAACGCCGCACAGAAGCUGUGGCAGCGGCUCGCGGGUUGCACCAACGUACAGGACAGCUGCAGCUACCGCCCACCUGAGCAUGCCAGCGUCUAACACCGCACUUCACCGUGCUGCGUUCCUGAAACUGCACAGUUUGAAACAGCUCCAAACUUCAUUCACACCAACCAAAACUAUUACAGUUAAUGUUUUUACCAAUAAUGGUACAGCUAGCCUUCCACUCAAUUAAAAACACAACUCUCAAAAGUCCUUGAACUAUAAUGUAGCUAACCAAGAGAGACCAUAACAAAAGUAUUAGAAAUGCUAGGUAAAAUCAAAAUAAGUUAGAAAAUAUCCUUGGCAAUAAAAGCAUUAAAAAAUUUAUGCAAAGAAUAUUAAGGAUGCAAUCACAAAUCAAACAGCAUGUCAAUUGGAGGCUUAGUAUCCUUAAUGCUUUAUAUUUUAAUGUUGUAGCAAACUGCAGUUUCAGGUUCCAAAUUCAAAAUAAUGACAAGAAAAAGUUUUACAUUCCUAUCAGCAAGUUUAAAAUUGUUAUACUUGUGUAUAUGUGUAUGUGUGUGUGUGUAUGUGUGUGUAUAUGUGUGUGUGUAUAGGUGUGUGUGUGUGCAUAUCAAGUAAUGAUAAAUUGUGAACAUUCCCGAAGUGAACUUCAAAAUAAGACAAGAUCACACUGAAUAGAAGCUGAUAAAAUGUGCAUUUAGUCAAUAUAUUUGUCCAUGUGACAUCACAUCAUCAUGUCUAUAGUAAUCGCAUCAAAAUGAUUUUAGAAACAAAACAAAAAAAAUGAGAAAUACCAAUGAAUCCUCCUCGGCCUAAAGUCAAGAUGGUUCCAAAAUGGAUAGUACAUAUAUAAUCAAAACUUGGAACAUGUUUUUUGUUACAAGUGUACAAGUGAACACAUUUGUGAAUUUGUGUCCAGGUGCACUAUAUCCUCCAGAAGAAAGUAGACUAAUUUAUGGUUCUUUACUAUUCUGAACUACAUUUUUUAAGUGUUUUAAGUGUAAUAUUACAUGUUUCAUGUACCAGGGUAAGCAAAAUGUUAUUUCAUGUGUCGAGAAAAUGUAUAAGCUUUUAAAAAAGACAUAAUACUUAUGGUAUACUCAGCAAACGAGCAGCUGUUUUGUAAGCUUAUUUACAAUUUGUAUACUAAUGCAAUAACUGAAAAUGUUUUUCUCUAUGGAAAAUUUUUGUCAUUUCUACUUAUAGCUAUUAUAUUAUGAUUAUGAAACAAUUUUAUGUGCAUAAAUACAAAUACAAAAGCUGUGUAAUGUUUCAGAAUUUUCAAAGCUGACGCAAAUAUUUUAAUGAUAUGUAUUUGUUUUGGGUGAAAAAUGAAUAUAGUACAUAACAUUUGAAUCUUUGGAAACAGUCAAAGUAACACUAAAUUUUAUAUUUAUAUUCUCACCAUAUUCAUAUUGUCCAAUUAACACAAUUUCAUU